UAAUUGUCACUGUCAUAAAUUGUCGCAGUGACACUACUUCAUCGUAACGUCAGUUUUAAUCGCCCAUCGUCCGCAGAAAAAAUAUUUUAUUUGUGAAGUAAUUCAGCUCGCACUUAUUGCGAAUUAUAUUUCAUCAUCAUGGCUUUAAGGACUACUGCUGUUCUUUACAAUAGCCUGAGUAAAUGGGCUUAUAACCUAUCAGGAUUCAAUAAAUAUGGUCUGCAUCGUGACGACUGUUUGUAUGAGGAUGAAGAUGUGCAAGAGGCACUGCGCCGUCUUCCUGGGCAUGUAGUAGAUGAACGUAAUUUCCGUAUGAUUCGUGCUAUUCAACUUUCCAUGCAAAAAUCGAUUCUGCCAAAGGAGGAAUGGACUAAAUUUGAAGAGGAUAAACUCUACCUUACACCCAUUGUCGAUCAGGUCAAGAAAGAGAGGAAGGAGCGUGAGGAAUGGGAGAAAGAAUAUUAAAUUCUUUGCUUAUUAUGUUAAUAUAUUAAUUUAAUUAAAUUUAGCAGUACCAUUA